AUGGGGCUCCCUCGGCUGCGGGUCUUCAAGCUGGCCAAGUCGUGGCCAACGCUGAACAUGCUCAUCAAGAUCAUCGGCAACUCGGUGGGCGCUCUGGGCAACCUGACGCUGGUGCUGGCCAUCAUCGUGUUCAUCUUCGCCGUCGUGGGCAUGCAGCUGUUUGGCAAGAGCUACAAGGAGUGCGUGUGCAAGAUCGCGGCCGACUGCAGCCUGCCCCGUUGGCACAUGCACGACUUCUUCCACUCCUUCCUCAUCGUCUUCCGCAUCCUGUGUGGGGAGUGGAUCGAGACCAUGUGGGACUGCAUGGAGGUGGCCGGCCAGGCCAUGUGCCUCACAGUCUUCCUCAUGGUCAUGGUCAUUGGCAACCUAGUGGUCCUGAACCUCUUCUUGGCCCUGCUGUUGAGCUCCUUCAGUGCCGACAGCCUGGCCACCUCAGAUGAGGAUGGCGAGAUGAACAACCUGCAGAUCGCCAUUGGGCGCAUCAAGUGGGGCAUUGGCUUUGCCAAAGCCUUUCUCCUGGGACUGCUGCACGGCAAGAUCCUGAGCCCCAGGGAAAUUAUGCUCAGCCUUGGGGAGCCCGAGGAGGCCGGGGAGAGCGCCCCAGAGGACGAGAAGAAGGAGCCGCCGCCCGAUGAGGGCGACAAGGACCUGAAGAAGGACAAUCACAUCCUGAACCACGUGGGCCUGGUUGACGGCUCUCCCCCCAGCAUCGAGCUGGACCACCUCAACUUCAUCAACAACCCCUACCUGACCAUUCACGUGCCCAUCGCCUCCGAGGAGUCCGACCUGGAGAUGCCAACGGAGGAGGAGACCGACACUUUCUCAGAGCCUGAGGAUGGCAAGAAGCCACCGCAGCGCCUCGAUGGGAACUCCUCCGUCUGCAGUACCGCCGACUAUAAGCCCCCCGAGGAGGACCCCGAGGAGCAGGCUGAAGAGAACCCCGAUGGGGAGCAGCCUGAGGAGUGCUUUACGGAGGCCUGCGUGCAACGCUGCCCUAUCCUCUACGUGGACAUCUCCCAGGGCCGUGGGAAGAUGUGGUGGACACUCCGCAGGGCCUGCUUCAAGAUUGUCGAGCACAACUGGUUCGAGACCUUCAUCGUGUUCAUGAUCCUGCUUAGCAGCGGAGCCUUGGCCUUCGAGGACAUCUACAUCGAGCAGCGGCGAGUCAUCCGCACCAUCCUGGAGUACGCGGACAAGGUCUUCACCUACAUCUUCAUCCUGGAGAUGCUGCUCAAGUGGGUGGCCUACGGCUUCAAGGUGUACUUCACCAAUGCCUGGUGCUGGCUCGAUUUCCUCAUUGUGGAUGUCUCCAUCAUCAGUCUGGUGGCCAACUGGCUGGGCUACUCGGAGCUGGGUCCCAUCAAAUCCCUGCGGACGCUGCGGGCCCUGCGUCCCCUGAGGGCGCUGUCCCGAUUUGAGGGCAUGAGGGUGGUAGUGAAUGCCCUCUUGGGAGCCAUCCCCUCCAUCAUGAAUGUGCUGCUUGUCUGCCUCAUCUUCUGGCUCAUCUUCAGCAUCAUGGGUGUCAACCUGUUCGCCGGCAAGUUCUACUACUGCGUCAAUACCACCACCUCUGAGAGGUUUGACAUCUCCGAGGUCAACAACAAGUCCGAGUGUGAGAACCUGAUGCACACAGGCCAGGUCCGCUGGCUCAACGUCAAAGUCAACUAUGACAACGUGGGUCUAGGCUACCUCUCCCUCCUGCAGGUGGCCACCUUCAAGGGCUGGAUGGACAUCAUGUAUGCGGCCGUGGACUCCCGGGAGAAGGAAGAACAGCCCCAGUAUGAGGUGAACAUCUACAUGUACCUCUAUUUUGUCAUCUUCAUCAUCUUUGGGUCCUUCUUCACCCUCAACCUCUUUAUCGGCGUCAUCAUCGACAACUUCAACCAGCAGAAGAAGAAGUUCGGAGGGAAAGACAUCUUCAUGACGGAGGAACAGAAGAAAUACUACAAUGCCAUGAAGAAGCUUGGUUCCAAGAAGCCUCAGAAGCCAAUUCCCCGGCCCCAGAACAAGAUCCAGGGCAUGGUGUACGACUGCGUGACCAAGCAGGCAUUCGACAUCACGAUCAUGAUCCUGAUCUGCCUCAACAUGGUCACCAUGAUGGUGGAGACGGACGACCAGAGUCAACUCAAAGUGGACAUCCUGUACAACAUCAAUAUGGUCUUCAUCAUCAUCUUCACCGGCGAGUGCGUGCUCAAGAUGCUCGCCCUGCGCCAGUAUUACUUCACCGUCGGCUGGAACAUCUUCGACUUCGUGGUCGUCAUCCUGUCCAUCGUGGGCCUCGCGCUCUCCGAUCUGAUCCAGAAAUACUUCGUGUCUCCCACACUGUUCCGAGUGAUCCGCCUGGCCCGGAUCGGGCGUGUCCUGCGGCUGAUCCGUGGGGCCAAGGGCAUCCGGACUCUGCUCUUUGCCCUCAUGAUGUCCCUGCCGGCCCUCUUCAACAUCGGCCUCCUCCUCUUCCUGGUCAUGUUUAUCUACUCCAUCUUUGGCAUGUCCAACUUUGCCUACGUCAAGAAGGAGUCGGGCAUCGAUGACAUGUUCAACUUUGAGACUUUUGGCAAUAGCAUCAUCUGCCUCUUCGAGAUCACCACGUCAGCUGGCUGGGACGGGCUCCUCAACCCGAUCCUCAACAGCGGGCCCCCCGACUGUGACCCGACACUCGAGAACCCGGGCACCAGCAUCAGGGGUGACUGUGGCAACCCCUCCAUCGGCAUCUGCUUCUUCUGCAGCUACAUCAUCAUCUCCUUCCUCAUCGUGGUCAACAUGUACAUCGCCAUCAUCCUGGAGAACUUCAAUGUGGCCACCGAGGAGAGCAGCGAGCCCCUCGGCGAGGACGACUUCGAGAUGUUCUACGAGACAUGGGAGAAGUUCGACCCCGACGCCACGCAGUUCAUUGCCUACAGCCGCCUCUCAGACUUCGUGGACACCCUGCAGGAGCCGCUGAGGAUCGCCAAGCCCAACAAGAUCAAGCUCAUCACGCUGGACCUGCCCAUGGUGCCGGGGGACAAAAUCCACUGCCUGGACAUCCUCUUUGCCCUCACCAAGGAGGUCCUGGGCGACUCUGGGGAAAUGGACGCUCUCAAGGAGACCAUGGAGGAGAAGUUCAUGGCCGCCAACCCCUCCAAGGUCUCCUACGAGCCCAUCACCACCACCCUCAAGAGGAAGCACGAGGAGGUGUGUGCCAUCAAGAUCCAGAGGGCCUAUCGCCAGCACCUGCUCCAGCGCACGGUGAAGCAGGCGUCCUACAUGUACCGUCACAGCCAGGACGGUAGUGGGGACAGUGGCCCGGAGAAGGAGGGCCUGAUCGCCACCACCAUGAGGAAGAUGUACGGCCAUGGGAAUGGGAACAGCGGCGUUCCGAGCACGGGUGAGGAAAGGGGCUGGACAGGGGACACCGGACCUGCCACUGGGCUCACGCCCAUGAGCCCCUCGGAUGCUGCCCUCCCUCCCUCCCCACCCCUGGGGCAGACAGCGCGCCCGGGGGUCAAAGAGUCUCUUGUCUAGUAGCAGCAGCGAGGUAGCCAGCUGAGCCUGGCACGGCCCCCCAAAACUCACUCAUGGUGCCUGCUUGCUGAGGGAGCAGGCUUUGAGUCUACCGCUGACCGGCUCCCUGUCAGGGACAGGUUGUGGCCACGCUGGGGCUGACACCCAGGCCAUGGAAAAUGGGAAUUGCCCUCAGAGGCUCCACCCUGGGCCUGAGGCUCCCCCCACCUCCCCCCGCCUCCCUGGUUUCUCACUUCAAGUUGCUCUCACCCCCUCACGGGCCUCUCCUCUUGGGGGAGGUUGGAACACCAGAGAUCUCUGCCCCCCACGCGGGGGAGGAGCCAGCCUACAGUGGAGGGAUGAGCUGUCGUCUUGCCACCAGAGUCUUAAGGGCUACAGGCCCCCCCAGGCCUCUCCCGGAUAAAGAUGUCUUAACUCAGUGAGAGCGGACACCUGACCCAGGGCCUGCCAAGCCUCCCCUGACUGGGAUACAGCUUCGUCCUGCCAGCUCACGAAUUUCCUGGAGAAGAGAAACGUCACUGGUCCACAAGUGGCUCCCCGAGUCCGAUUGGCCACUGGAUCCUGAUGCAUCUGGCGGGGCUUGUGGCCCCUGAAACCACAUCCCGCUUUGUCCAUUGUGCAGCCCCUGGCUCCCUGGCUGGCCCCUGGGGGAAGAGCUGGAGGGAGGAGUCCACUCAAGAACCGUCUUCUUCUAGGAAGCAUGGCGGGUUGAUAGAGGUGGGGUCCCGCCAGCCGCAUCACUGCACGGGAGGCUUCUUUGGCCAGAGCGCCCAGACCUGGGGCGGGGGCAGGGACCCUGGAGCUCAGGAGGUAGAUUUCUGUUCCCUCCCUCCCCGAUCAGCACCACAGGGCUCUCUGUAGCCUCACCCAGCCUCAUCCCCCACCACACCCAUCUCUUCCUCCCUCCUCAUCCUUCUCUCCCCCUCCUCAAAGUGGUCCCAAGAGUGUUGUCGCCGAGCCCAUGUUAGACAUUUCAACCCUGGGACGUGCACAGCUCACCUGGCUCCGGCCCAACCUUCCAACUUCCCGCUGCCUGGCACGCCGGGCAGCAUCUUUGUUGGUACCACUGGUCUGGGCAUGGCUGUGCCAGGCCUCUUCUGUCGCUCAGAGAACGGACGGAGGCCGAGCCCAGAGGGGGCAGUGAGACACCUGCUCAGGCGUCACUGGAUUUACUCACUUGCGCGUGUGCCUUGUGUCUGCUUCACGCCUGUGUGUACAGCUGUGUGUGUGCUCAAGCCCACGAAGCACUGUGUCCCGCCUGUGUGUGUGCGUAUUGUGUCAGUGUGCCCCUGUAGUCUGGUGUGUGUGUGUGUGUGUCCUAGGCAGGUGUGCCUGUGCUGUGUGGAUGAGUGUGAACGUGUCUGGUAAGGCUUGCACGUUGAGUCCCCGUUGCCCUUAGUUCCUCUUCUCUCUCUUGUUUCUUGUGAACAGUUUGAUUAAAACUCAGGAAGCAGCGAAACCUCCAAAACAACGUGGGUGUGUGGGUGUGGGUGUGUGUGGGUGUGUGCGCGUGUGCCCACAGGCUGGAGCCUUCCUUUCUGUCUGCCCUACUCUCUGGCCUCCUUGCCACCCAUUGUCCCUUCUUCCUAUUCCGUUCAUCACACCCAUUGCCCCAGCCCCACUCCCCGUCUCUUGCCUGUGUCCUCCGUGGAAAGGAGGCCCUACUCCUUCUACCUUCCUGCAACCGUCUGUCUCUUGCUUCAGAAGAUGCGCCCUAGAGAGGGCAGCCUCCUCCCUGACCGGCACCCUGCCCCCUGCCCUUCCCUCAAACUGGGGCCCCAAACUGGGGUGGCCCCAAGAGCCUCCGCAUCUGUUGGACUGGAUACUCACCACUGGACUUCAUACAGACUGCAGAGCCUCCCCUGCCUAUGGCCCCCUCCCCUGCACACCCACACCCAUUCCCACUCUGUCUGGGUGGGAACAGACCCAAGCCAGGCUGGCAGGCAGGCUCCUUUGUACAGUUCUUAUAAUAAACCUUCCCCGCCCACCCCUCUCCCUGGGUGCCUCUCA